AUGAGGCCCUCAACUCUCCGACUCGCACGAGGUGUGUUCGGAAACAUCCAGACCAGGUGUUUCUCACAGACUUCGCCAUGGAACUCUAGGCAUCUCAUGUCCAUUGCGGACCUGAGCCGUGACGAAUUCGCCCAGCUCGUCCGCAACGCCGCCAAGCACAAGAACGCCGUGAAGUCGGGGAAUGUCCCCAAGGAGCUCAGCACCAGUCUGACGGGCAAGACGAUCGCCAUGAUGUUCAGCAAGCGCAGCACGCGGACUCGAGUGUCUACCGAGGCUGCGGUAGCUCUGAUGGGCGGCCACCCUAUGUUCCUAGGCAAGGAUGACAUCCAGCUCGGCGUCAACGAGUCGCUGUACGAUACCUCCAAGGUCAUUUCGUCCAUGACCUCGUGCAUGGUCGCUCGUGUCGGACCGCAUUCAGAUGUUGCUGGCCUGGCCAAGGACUCGGAUGUCCCCGUCAUCAACGCCCUGUCAAACGACUACCACCCGCUCCAGACCAUCGCGGACUUCCUCACCAUCUACGAGAGCGCACCAGGCAGUGCGUCGUCCGGCGACCUCGUCCCGUCCGGCCUCAAGGUUGCUUGGGUCGGCGACUCGAACAACGUGCUUUUCGAUCUAGCCAUUGCUUGUGUCAAGAUGGGCGUAGACAUCUCCGUCGCAUCGCCCAAGGGCUAUGAGAUCCCCUCAGACAUGCAAGCCCUCAUCGAAUCUCAAGCCGAAGGCGUCAGGAACCCCGGAAAGCUCACGACGACCACACAGCCUGCUUCGGCCGUCAAGGACGCUGAUUACUUGGUCACCGAUACUUGGGUCUCCAUGGGCCAGGAAGCCGAGUCGAAGAAGCGCCUCAAGGACUUUGAGGGGUUCCAGAUCACCAACUCCAUGGCCGCCAAGGGCCAGGCCAAGAACGAUUGGAAGUUCUUGCACUGUCUACCCCGCCACCCUGAAGAGGUUGCUGAUGAAGUGUUCUACUCGGAUCGAUCGUUGGUCUUCCAAGAGGCCGAGAACCGUUUGUGGGCAGCUGUCGCGGCCUUGGAGGCAUUUGUUGUAAACAAGGGCAAGAUUUUGUAG